AUGCCUCGAUGCCGGUCGACAGGGCUGGCGACUAUCGCUGUGUAUUCCCUGCUUCUUCUCCUUCUACCGCCGUUACCGACAACAGCACAAACCCAAAGUGGCGAUCCCAACGCUGCCGCAUGUUCAUAUCUGGACGACGCCCUCGAUGUAUGCUGGCGAAGACGACAGUUACUGUACAACGACCCUACAGUGGCGAAUUGUAUCUGUAAUGUAGGAGGCCUUCCGGAUCCUCUCAUCGACCCAGCGGUCCCGUUAUGCAGUUCGUAUCUGAGGACGCUGGGGCGAGAGAACCGUGCUACAGCAUUCUACAGCAGCUUUAACGGAUACUGUGCUUCGUACGCACCCGGGGGUGAGAUGACUACCACCGAAGUUAUGGAUAUUGUGACGACGCCGCCUCCUGUACCACAAGACGGGCGUGCGAGCUGCACAUUAGUACUUCAAACCUAUAGCUUUUGCCAAAAGGCACCACAGGAUUUGAUAAUAGAGCCCGCAGUGGCUUCUUGCAUAUGCCACGACCCUACCGGAGCCUUCACCACUAAAUUCGAUGAGCUGUUGACUCCAUGUCAUAGCUGGGCUACGACCGGAGAGCCGGCUUUUGCCAGCGAAGUCUCUAGCCUCUUCGGAUUCUGCACAAAAUUUGGGACCUUCACUGUCGAAACCAUUACGAGUAUGACGUCGCAAUUCACUCCAGGACCUGCGGCACCUCGUACAUCGUUAUCAUUUUCUCAGAUCGAAGACGCCGCAAGUUCGGCGUGCGAACAGAUGGCUCGGAUUGCCAACGCCUGCCGUACUGGCCCGGUGGACCCGCUGACCAGGCCUGGUGUGGCGAAUUGUAUCUGUGUGGAUCGGAAUGACCCUAAUCAUGGCUUCGGAGUCGAGUUUGAUACAUUACUAUCACACUGUUACCCCUAUGCUAGGACGAAGUCUCCGGCAGCUGCUCGUGAGAUAGAGAAUCUGAGUGGAUAUUGUACUAGAUUUGCAGAGGGUGGAAAGACCUAUACAGUGACCUCUACCGAAAUAAAUACGACACGUACAGUGACGGAUGAUGUAUUCGUCUCUUCCACAGGCCCACCUGCUGAAACCAACCCUGCUGAAGCUAGAGCAGGUCGAACUAAGGUUGGCCUCGCCAUACCCUUGGUCUUUUCACUAGCCGCUGUCAUAGUUGGACAAUUCCUAUAA